UGUCAUAGCUGUCAAACCCCACAGCAGUCUUGUUUUUCGUGCUCUCGUGUUUCUUGUGUGAAAAUUUCUAGCGUGAUCUGCUGUUCUGCAAAUUUAUUCCAAAAUGUACGGCCCUCAGCAGCCUAUUCUCGUUCUAAGUCAGAACACAAAGCGAGACAGCGGUCGAAAGGUGCAGCUGGAGAACAUCAAUGCCGGCAAGACCAUCGCCGAUCUGAUUCGUACCUGCUUGGGACCACAGGCCAUGUUGAAGAUGCUUAUGGAUCCGAUGGGCGGCAUUGUCAUGACUAAUGACGGAAAUGCAAUCCUACGGGAAAUUACUGUUCAACAUCCGGCUGCAAAGAGUAUGAUUGAAAUAGCCAGAACACAAGACGAAGAGGUAGGAGAUGGAACUACCUCGGUUAUUGUGUUGGCCGGAGAAAUGCUUGCGGUUGCUGAACAAUUCCUCCAGCAACAGAUUCAUCCUACUGUAAUUAUACGUGCCUACCGGGAAGCCUUAGAGGAUAUGAUCAAGCUGCUGACGAACGAAGUAAGCAUUCCGCUGGAUAAGACCGAUAAGGCAAAAUUGGCCGAUGUUAUCAAAUCGUGUGUCGGUACCAAAUUCAUUGGACGUUGGUCGGAUCUGGCUGUUAAAAUUGCGCUGGAUGCAGUUGAAACUGUCAUGCUUACUGAAAAUGGUCGUACGGAGAUUGACAUCAAGAAGUAUGCCAAAGUGGAGAAAAUCCCUGGUGGGUCCAUCGAUGAGUCCUGUGUUUUAAAAGGAGUUAUGUUGAAUAAGGACGUCACUCAUCCCAAGAUGAGAAGAUACAUUGAGAAACCACGUAUUGUGCUGUUGGAUUGUCCUUUGGAGUACAAGAAGGGUGAAAGUCAGACUAAUGUAGAAAUUGUUGGCGAUCAAGACUUCACGAAGCUGUUGCAGAUCGAGGAAGAGCAUGUGGCGAAGGUUUGUGCAGACAUAAUUGCUGUAAAGCCAGAUGUUGUGUUCACCGAAAAGGGAGUUUCUGAUCUAGCUCAGCAUUUCCUUCUGAAGGCCGGAAUAACCGCGAUUCGUCGUUUGCGAAAAACAGACAAUAACCGAAUCGCCCGUGCUUGUGGCGCUACGAUUGUUAACCGUACGGAGGAACUGACCGAAAAAGACGUUGGAACUGGUGCUGGUCUUUUUGAAAUUAAAAAGUUAGGAGAUGAGUACUUCUGCUUCGUAACGGAAUGCGAUGAUCCCAAAGCUUGUACUAUUCUGCUGCGAGGCGCUUCAAAAGAUAUUCUAAGUGAAACAGAGCGUAAUCUUCAGGAUGCUCUGCAUGUCGCUCGUAAUCUUAUGCUAGAACCGCGUCUGCUUCCGGGAGGCGGUGCAGUUGAAAUGGCCGUUUCGCAAGCACUGACAAACAAGCAGAUCCAAGGUCCGUAUCGCGCCGUAGCACAAGCACUGGAAAUCAUCCCACGUACGUUGGCUCAAAACUGUGGUGCUAACACGAUUCGCGCUUUGACGGCACUGCGAGCGAAACACGCCUCACACCCGGCGGGAUCUGGUCCAUGCACCUGGGGAAUAGACGGCGAAAGUGGUGAAAUCGUUGACAUGAAGGAAAAGGGUAUCUGGGAACCGCUUUCGGUGAAGCUGCAGGUCUACAAGACCGCCGUCGAGACAGCUAUCCUAUUGCUGCGCAUUGACGAUAUCGUUUCCGGAUCAAAGAAAAAGAACAACGACGGCACCGGAGCAACUCCGGCGCAAGCAGCUCAGGGAAUGGAAUAAUUUGUUUUCCGGUGGCCCGCAAGCUUUAACUUUAACACAUUCACUAACACAUUACUACUCAAUACAUGAUUUUGCAAGUGCUAGCCUGUAUGUUUAAGUAACAUCCUCACCGAAGAUCGAUCAUAGUUUAGGUAGUUGAAAAAGACGUCUACGCUUUUUUUCGGUUUUACAAAAUCAUUCUUUGGAACAUUGCUCUUUACUUCUCCGACUUCAGCUUUGAACGUCUUUUUCAAAUAUGGAUUUUGUCAUCGCACCGGUUACGUUUUUUCUCUCGCCAAUAUCUCACAUGUCGGUUUUCCCAAUGGACCACAAAAUAUUAGCCCUGGGUGGCACGCAAACAAACAAUUUAAAUAAAAAGGCUUAAUAAUUUAAUAAA